AUAUAAAAUUCAAAAUUUGAACGUUAGCAAAGGGAAACUUAUCUUCUCUGGUUUCUCGCGCAAAUCGAGCGUUCUCAGAUAGUUUCUCUUCUCCGAUCUGUGCGUCCUGCUCUCUCAAUCGCUACCCCUCGUUCCCUUGUGUAUUUUUACAUCGUACUAAUCUCUCUGAUCAAUUCGAUUGGCUUUUUUUUGUGGUGUUGUUAGGGUUCGUUUUUUUUUUCUUUUUCUCAUCUGGAUAAAAGGAAGAAUGGGACAACAAUCGUUGAUCUACAGCUUCGUCGCUCGCGGUACGGUGAUCCUCGCCGAGUAUACCGAAUUCAAGGGCAAUUUUACGUCCGUCGCUGCUCAGUGCCUCCAGAAACUUCCGUCAUCGAACAACAAGUUUACCUACAAUUGCGACGGUCACACUUUCAAUUAUCUCGCUGAUAAUGGCUUCACCUAUUGUGUUGUUGUUGUUGAAUCUGCUGGGAGGCAGAUACCAAUGGCUUUCUUGGAGAGAGUCAAGGAGGAUUUCAGCAAGAGAUACGGUGGUGGAAAGGCUUCCACUGCUAAAGCCAACAGCUUAAACAAAGAAUUCGGGUCUAAAUUGAAGGAGCACAUGCAGUACUGUGCGGAUCAUCCUGAGGAGAUUAGCAAACUUUCCAAGGUUAAGGCUCAGGUGACUGAAGUGAAGGGUGUUAUGAUGGAGAAUAUUGAGAAGGUCCUUGACCGUGGUGAGAAAAUCGAGCUAUUAGUAGACAAAACUGAGAACCUUCGCUCACAGGCACAAGAUUUUAGAACACAAGGAACAAAGAUGAAAAGAAAGUUGUGGUUUGAAAACAUGAAGAUAAAGCUCAUAGUCUUUGGCAUCAUCGUCGCUUUGAUUCUCAUCAUCAUUUUGUCGGUUUGCCAUGGCUUCAAGUGUACUUAAAACUCGAUUCCGAUGGAUCAGACCACCCACAUUGCUACUAAGUUAAUUAGAAUCAUCCCGGUAUAGUUAUUCCCUUUUAUCCUUCUCUUUUGUAUUUUUCCUUCUUCUUUUAGGCAAACAAAAAGUGACUUGGUACCAAGAAUGAUACUUAGGAAAUCAUCUGUUUGGAAGAGAGAUUUAAGCUCUUUCUUGUGUUUACUUAUUAUAUAGGUUAGGCCAUUAUGCUUUUGUAAUGUACAAGUCUAAUGAUCGGUUUUAAUUUCCUUUAACU